CCCCGGAAACCAGGGCGGAGCGUGUGGGCUCUGAGGUGAAAGCUGAAAGGACAUCCAGAGGUCCUCUCGCUGUGACCUGGAAGUGCCCUCAGCCACGUCCCGGCCCGAACCCUGAAUGCUUGCCCGGAGACUGGCACGGGAUUCGCAGCACCUAGCACGGUGUCGGCCACGCCUUUAACUCUUAGUAAACACUGACAGCCUCACUGUGUGCCACCUUGCAACCUUAGUUUUGCUGCUACUCGGAUUCUGCCACACGCUUUGCCAAGCAAAACGGUCUCCUAGUCGGGAUGGGUGCCAGUGCUUGCAUCUAAGCCAGAGCUUUGCAGUUUUCAGUAGGAACACAUCACUGGUACAUCACUGGCUUUGAACGGUGAACCCAGUUAUCUGAAAGGAUGCUUGUGUGAAGGAGCCCCCCUCACUUUGGGAUAAGUGUCUGAUUUGUUAGAACAGCCUGUUUUUCAAACUGAAGGCAUAGCAUGGAAAUUUAGCAUGGAAUGGAAAAGAUCCUUUCACAUAACCAGGAAACCACAAAUGAUCUUUAUUCUGUGAGCAACAAACACGGCAAGUUAGUGACUCUAAUGCUGUUUAAUCUUCAAACAAGGCUACUUAACAUCUCUCCUGCCUAUAAGUGCUUAGACUUCAACACUUUCACCAGUAGGAGAAUCCAAUCAGUUCAUCCUCUGAUAUCUGCACGCAUAUGGAUGGGCACAGGCAUUUGCCGUACUUAGGGUUUCCCAGUGGGAGAUGAUAAUCUAAGCACCACUCCAGAAAGUGUAUUGGAUCUUGAAACAAGUCCAAGGUUCAAGUUCAUGAUUGUGCCACGAACUUUUCCAGCUGCCAUUCAGCGGUGGCGCUCAGAAGGACGGAUAGCUGCCUGGCUACACAUCCCCAUCUUGCAGAGCCACUUCAUUGCCCCUGCUGCUUCCCUGGGCUUUUGCUUCCACCACGCAAAACCCCAUUCCUCAACACUGACUCUGUGGCUGGGAGAAGGACCCAGCAGACUCCCGGGAUAUGCUACACACCAAGUUGGAGUUGCAGGUGCUGUAUUUGAUGUUAGCACCAGGAAAGUACUGGUUGUACAAGAUCGAAAUAAAUUGAAAAACAUGUGGAAGUUUCCAGGAGGCCUGUCAGAACCAGGAGAAGAUAUUGCAGACACAGCAGUCCGAGAGGUUUUUGAAGAGACUGGUGUCAAGUCAGAAUUCAGGUCCCUGUUGAGCAUCCGGCAACAACACAGGAGCCCUGGGGCCUUCGGGAUGUCAGACAUGUACCUGGUCUGCCGCCUGCAGCCUCGUUCCUUCACUAUCAACUUCUGCCAGCAGGAAUGCUUGAAGUGUGAAUGGAUUGAUCUAGAAAACCUGGCCCGGACUAAACACACGACCCCCAUCACCAGCAGGGUGGCUAGGCUACUGCUGUAUGGACUCAGGGAAGGGUUUGACAAAAUUGACCUCAGCAUGGAGGAACUCCCUGCAGUGUACACAGGCCUGUUCUACAAACUCUAUCACAGGGAGCUGCCGGAGAGUUACAAAGCCGCAAUGGGAGCAGACUGAAUACCGGAUUUCAACCUGACGCCAGUUUUCUCACAUAUGUUAUGUCCAUGGUGGAAAUUCAUAAAUGUACAUAUUUUUAAAUCCUCUUUUCAAUAAAGGAAAUAUGUGAACAAGA